AUGCAGCAAGACAGCAGUAGUCAAGUCGCGAAUCCGUCGACGGAGUCGGAGCCACAGCAGCAGCAGCAGCAGCUGCCGACGGACCUCGAGCCCGUCGCCGUCGCCGGUAGCUCGCAGCAGGCACAGGCCUUCUCCAAUCUCACCCUGCAGAGCGUCUCGCUGCGCUUGCAGACGGCCCUGCUGGCCGCCUUGCAGAGGGCCGCCCUGCUGCCGCCCGGCCACGCAGCGGCGGCCGCUCUGAACCUCCAGGCCCUCGAGACCUACGUCACGCUGCAUCGGCUGCACGCGGUGACCAACAGUGCCAAGCCCAGCAGCGCCGAAGCGCUCCAGACUCCCGCGGCCGCUCAGGCCGUCGAGGACGACGAGCCGAUCGAUUUCGUCGCCGCCGCCGCCGCUGCCGACGCUGCCACUGCCGAUCCCGAGGACGAUCUCGCUCUGCUCGAUGACGACGAGGCCGCGGUGGAAUUCUUACACGAGACCGCCUCGACUUCGGGCAGCAAUGUGAUCUUUGGCCACGAGUUGCUCUUGCAGCCUACGAGUCUAGCUCUCGGUGCGUUGAGCCCGACAGUUGGCGGUCAGCUGGCCCCCAGCGAGGCCACCUCGCCCACUCUGCAACCCAUAAGGGCCUGCAGAACUGCCCGACCGAAAAAGCAAUUCAUCUGCAAGUUCUGUAAUCGACAGUUCACGAAAAGUUACAAUCUGCUGAUUCACGAGAGGACGCACACCGAUGAGCGACCUUACUCUUGUGAUAUCUGCGGCAAAGCGUUCCGUCGGCAGGAUCAUCUCAGAGAUCACAGGUACAUUCACAGCAAAGAGAAACCGUUCAAGUGCAGUGAAUGUGGCAAAGGAUUUUGCCAAAGUCGCACCUUAGCUGUGCACAAAAUUUUACACAUGGAGGAGUCGCCACAUAAAUGCCCAGUGUGUGCUCGUAGCUUUAAUCAACGUAGUAAUCUCAAGACGCAUCUGCUGACCCACACCGAUAUCAAGCCGUAUCACUGUGGAUCCUGCGGCAAAGUAUUCAGACGUAAUUGCGAUCUAAGGAGGCACUCGCUCACUCACAAUUUAGGUGUCAUGACAAACACAUCGCCGCCAGCCUCGCCGAGGCUCUUGUCACCUACGGUAAUCACAGUCCCAGUCUCAACAGGUAGUCUGCUGCAGGAAACAUCCUAG